GUUGCAUCGUGACGCUCUGUUGUUCGGAAAGAAGAGAUGGCUCGUACUAAGCAGACUGCUCGCAAGUCCACCGGAGGCAAGGCUCCUCGAAAACAGCUCGCCACCAAAGCAGCGCGUAAGAGUGCGCCUGCUACUGGAGGAGUCAAGAAGCCUCAUCGUUAUAGGCCCGGAACAGUCGCUCUUCGUGAGAUCCGUCGCUACCAGAAGAGUACUGAAUUGCUGAUCCGUAAACUGCCGUUCCAGCGUCUCGUUCGUGAGAUCGCUCAGGAUUUCAAAACCGAUCUUCGUUUCCAAAGCUCAGCUGUUAUGGCGUUGCAAGAAGCUAGCGAGGCAUACCUCGUUGGUCUUUUUGAAGAUACCAAUCUUUGCGCCAUUCACGCCAAGCGAGUUACUAUUAUGCCUAAGGACAUCCAACUGGCACGCCGCAUUCGUGGAGAACGCGCUUAGAUCGAAAGAUUUUAAUAACCGGCCCUUUUCA